CCUUGUAGCUGUCCGCGCGUUCGCUACAAAAUCGCGCUUCGAUGUUGCAACAAACGGUAGCAAUAUUCUAGUCUUGUUGCUCUGCUCUUGAAUAUGACAUAUAUAUGUUAAUGGGACUUAUGUGUAAUAUUGUGCUACGAUCUCUGGUCUAUAAUUAAUAAAAGUGAAAUUGCAAGUGAAUCACGAAAUUUGUGUAUUUGAAAAUCAGCGAAUAUUGGAUACAAUUAAUAUCAAAUAAAGCAAGGAAAGCAAAAGUCAAGAGUGCACGUGCCGCACUUGCCACACAGUUUCCGUAACCGCGACACGUGCCGGACACUCGUCGUCAAUUUAGAUUUAGAUCCGGAGGGCGUUAUGCAAUUAAUAGACAAUUAGCGACAGUCUUACAACAAUAUCAGCAUUUAAUAAAAUGUUUUCCAUGGAUAAUUUCGAUUUGGAGGCCACCAUGGCACGCCAUUUCUUUGAAGGCUCCCAGGCGACAAAUGCAUCGAACUCUAGUUCCGAAUACUUUUUCGGAGAUGAGCACAGCUCGGAGAGUGACGACGAUGAUGAUGCAUAUAGCAGUGGUUUCAACAGCGAUCAGGAGAACAAUGAAAAGACCCGGCGUAGCCAUAAGCCACGUCGCUUGAAGUGCGCUUCCCAGAUGGCCCAGCAGCGUCAGGCAGCAAAUCUUCGAGAGCGUCGGCGUAUGCAGAGCAUCAAUGAGGCAUUCGAGGGGCUGCGUACCCAUAUACCAACGUUGCCCUAUGAGAAACGGCUGAGCAAGGUGGAUACUCUGAAGCUAGCUAUCAGUUAUAUAACCUUUCUGAGCGAGAUGGUCAAAAAGGAUAAGAACGGCAAUGAGGCUGGUCUGAGCUUGCAGCGCAACUAUCAAAAGGAACCGCCCAAGAAAAUAAUACUAAAGGAUCGCACUGGCGGCAUGGCGCAUUCCUUAUCCUGGUAUCGCAAGGGAGAUCGUUAUCCGGGCAGCAAACUCUAUGCUCGCACUUGGACACCAGAUGAUCCAAAUGGUACGACUAACAAUCAACAACAACAACCAAUUCAGCCGCUCUACACUAACAACAACACAAAGAGCAGUCAUAGCUCCAAUUCCAGUCAAAAUCAAAAUAGUAAUCAAAGCAGCGACGAUUUCAAUGUCAGUGGAGGUGAUUUGGGUGGUGGAGCCGCCGGAUCCACUGCGAGCAUCUUUAAUAGCGGUGGUGCACUCUAAAAAUAAUAUUCCUUAAAUCUUAAAAACUAGUCAAGCUUGCUAGUCAGUGGCAUCCUAUAAUAUACAUUAAUUUAUACAGUUGGUCAAGUAGUUGUUUCAA